AUGGAACAGCGGUUAGCCGAGUUCCGAGAGGCCCGGAGGCGGGCCGGGCUGGCGGCCGAACCCGGCACUUCCAGGCAGAGCGCACAAACCUCGGGAGAGAAGGCGGAAGCUAUUGCCACUCCAGAGUCAGCCCUAGGCUGGCUCAAACGAUUCCAGGUGUGGAAACGGAGGCCCGCGAGUGCCCCGGCCCAGCCCAGCCUCGCUCAGGAAGCCGCUCAGCCUGGGAGCGGGACGCCACAGCCCCCACGGAGGACAGCCGUCCCCCCACCGUUGGCGCGGGACCAGUCCUUCCUGACCAGCAUCACCUUCUUGAAGGUUCUCCUCUGGUUGAUCCUGCUGGGACUGUUUGUGGAACUGGAAUUCGGCCUGGCUUACUUUGUCCUGUCCUUGUUCUACUGGAUGUACGUCGGGAUGCGAGGUCCCGGGGAGAAGAAGGAGGGAGAGAAAAGCGCCUACUCUGUGUUCAACCCGGGCUGCGAAGCCAUCGAGGGCACCCUGACUGCAGAGCAGCUAGAGCGCGAGUUACAGCUUAGACCCCUGCAGGGGAGAUAG